AUGGGGAAUUGCAUGAGCACUAAUAAGAAGGCGUCGCGAGCCCCAGACGACGAACAAUUCGAGGUUGCAAUUAUUGGCGGAGGAAUAUGCGGCUUAAUCCUCGCAAUAGGACUACUGAGACGCAAUGUCAAAAUCACAAUGUAUGAGCAGUCGCGCAGCUUUCGCGAAAUCGGCGCCGGAGUUGCUUUCACUGCUAAUGCGAUUCAAUGUAUGCGCCUUAUUCAUCCCGGCAUUGUGGAUGCCCUGAAAUCCGUUGCGACAUCAAAUGGUGACCCCAAUGAUCCAAACGACUAUUUACAAUAUACCGACGGAUUCAAUCAAAAGGAAGGAGAAGAAUCAAAGAUCCUUUUCAAGUUAUACGCUGGUUACCGCGGCUUCGAAGGAUGUCAUCGCGCGCAUCUUUUAGAUGAGCUGGUCAAGCUGGUUCCAGAUAAUGUCGUCCAGUUCCGUAAACGGCUGGACCGUUAUACUGACCAUGGAGAUGGUGGGAAACUGAAACUGCAUUUUGAAGAUGGAUCCUCUGCAGAAGCAGAUGCAGUUAUCGGAUGCGAUGGAAUUAAAUCGAAAGUGAGACAAGUUCUUCUAGGAGAAGAAAAUCCGGCAUCAUACCCGACAUAUAGUCAUAAGUGCGCCUUUCGUGCUCUUGUCCCCAUGGAUCGAGCUGCCGCAGCCCUCGGCGACGAAGUAGCAAAGAAUCAAAGAAUGCAUUACGGACCAAGCGCCCACAUACUACAUUUCCCAGUCGCCCAUCAGAGCCUCAUGAACGUGGUGGCAUUUUUGGAUGACCCGACAGAACGAUCAUAUUCAUCAAAGCUUUCAGAGCCAGGGAGCAAACAAGAGGUGGUUCAAGCAUUUGCGAAUUGGGGACCGACAGUUCGCACCAUCACAAAUCUUUUAGAUGAUGAGAUGGACAAAUGGUUUAUCUUUGACACAAAUGACCAUCCGGCGCCAACAUAUGCAAGCGGCCGUGUCUGCAUUGCAGGUGACGCAGCCCAUGCCUCGUCGCCACACCAUGGUGCUGGAGCAGGGGUUGGUGUUGAAGAUGCACUCGCCCUGUCACGGUUAUUGGAGUUGGUCACUGAUUCGGUAAACAAUAAUACGCAAAUCUCGAAACAAGAAGCUCUGAAAGCCGCAUUUGCUGCCUUUGAUGAAGUGCGCCGCGAACGAACACAGUGGUUUGUGAGCAGUAGUAGGAUGAUAUGCGACGUAUAUGAAUUGAAGCAUGCCGAGACAGGUACUGAAAUGCAGAAGAUGUACGAGGAGAUCAAAUGGCGAUCUCACGCCAUUUGGUAUUUUGAUAUCGAUGGCAUGCUACAUCAAGUUGAAGAUCAGUACAAGGGCAGGUUGAAUGGGGAUAAAAUUCCAAAAAGCAUGCUAUGA